AAGUAUGCAGAGAAUUUCACUGCUUUGGGUAACCUGUUGUGGGGCAGAUCAGCUUUAGGGCUCGUUCGUCAAACAAGACGAGCUUAUGGUUAAAUCCACACUGGAGAAAGCACUGUCUGGUACAGAGGAAAUGAAUUUAGCAUGAUGAGUACAACACUGCUCAAUGAAAAACAAGGGGAGAUGAAAUUAGAGCACAUGCAUUGCUAUCUCUGGCAUUCCUUCACCAGAACUGCAUGCUAUUACAUCCAAAAUAAAUAAAACCUCCUCAUAUCAUAAUAUUUUGAGCGUUGGACUGAAUUGGAGUGAAUAACACUCAUGAUGAUGAGUUAAUGCGAGUGAGCUGCUGGAGUGUUAUUGUAUCGGUGUGUAAUAUGAGUCUGGGCGUAUAGGACUGUCUGGGUGGGAGUCUCAUUUUGGGGUUUUGCAAGGGUUCUGUACUUAGUGUGGAACUGGAAUAGAUGACAGAUUCAUCUCUCAUUUUCUCUCUCUUUCUCUCUAUCACACACACACACACACACAUACAAAGGAAAUAGUGGUCAUAAGACAAGACCAAAGACAACUUAAGAAGAAUUUAACCAUUGACUUUAGCUUCUAAAAGGGGAAACUGUCAAGCAGACAGCAUGCACCUGAACGCGGCCCUCCGGAACGCCGGGCUCUGGAUCCUUCUCAGUUUAGCGUCCGCUCAUCUGACUGAACAGCAGGCAUCAGACAUCGUGGACAUUCAUAAUGACAUUCGCUCGGAGGUUCAGCCCAGCGCUGCCUUCAUGCACAAAGUGGUGUGGAAUGAAACAGUGCGUCUGGUGGCAGAAUCAUAUGCAGCAAAAUGUAUCUUCAAAGACAACCCUGAUCUCCCAAACCUCAAAAUGGGAGAAAACCGCUUUGUAACGAAUCGGCCAUUUAAUGUAAUCGAAGUAAUGUUGGACUGGUUGGAAGAGAAAAGCGAUUAUGACUUUGAUAGCAACUCUUGUAAUAAAAUUUGUCACCAUUACACUCAGAUGGUGUGGGCGACCAGCACACAAAUCGGAUGUGCUGCUCAUUUAUGUGGAACCAUUGAGGGUCUGGAUUAUAAGAAUGCCACACUGCUGGUCUGUGAUUACUACCCGCGAGGAAAUUAUAAAGGACGGAGACCAUACGAGCAAGGAAGGUUUUGUUCAAAGUGUCCAGAUGAUCUGUGUGAGGGGAACAUCUGUGUGAAACAUCUUCCAUCUGAGGAGACAGAAUAUGAUGCCACACAGCCCACAAUCCCGCCUGACACUGCACAGGAGUCCACCGCUGUUACUGAAGAAGACACAACAGAGGACACAAAGAUAUGGAAAGUCACAAUGAGUAGAUCAGAGGUGGAGAGAAGUUCAGCUCCUCUGCUGAUGGGUGUUUGGAUAUUGGCAGCUCUCAUUCUAUGAUAAAAGUCCUUCUGCAUCAUAAUCAUCCACACACAUACACAUGCAUACAUGCACAUAACAACGUACAAGAAUUGAUAUGUUUUAAGACAACAUAUUCUCC